AUUCACUAUAUCUGGUCUCCCACAGUACGAACUGCAUGGAAAUACAAUUAUUUUAGUAAAUAUAAACUGCUAAAUACAUUUCCUCAUCAGCAGUUAGAGCUUGUCUUAGCACAUGUUAAAGCUUGUAGGAGGAGUUUUUAUUCUCCUCUAGGAGGAUGCCAAACCCCUGACCUCUGUCUGGACAGUGCUGAUCGGCCCCGUGCUGAUGCACUCUCUCAAAAAACAAAAAAACCUCUCUAGCAAUACACACUAAACUGAGCAUGUGCAGAGUGUUUCCACACCAUAUGUCUUAUCAGGAGAUAAGAGGAAGACACUGGAAGAAGGGGAGGAUCAGAGAAGUCAGGAUCAAACAGCAUUUUUACACAAUGUGGAGGAUUAACCCCUUAGGUUUCACAGUGAGUAUAACAAGCACGCUUUACUGCAUAAAGAGACUGAUUUUACUGUUGUGGGUU